AUGUUUUAUAGAUUCGGUUACAACAAUUAUAAAUUAUUAUUAUUUUUUUUUAACUCUCGAAUUUAUCUCAUCGACCUACUCUAUCUAUCUAUCUAUCUAUCUAUUCAUUUGUUUUUAUCUAUCUAUCUAUCUAUCUAUCUAUCUAUCUAUCCAGGGUCUCCUCAGGUAGUUAAUUUUAUCUAUCUAUCUAUCUAUCUAUCUAUCUAUCUCUAUAUAUAUAUUGUUACAUCUUCUAAUAUCUAUCUAUCUUUAUACGUUCCCUUUCGUGGACCUAUGUAUAUGGUUUUACUCCCAAAAUCUUGUUUUGUUUCUCUUGAUUUGUAUUCCAUUUUACAAUCUUAUUAUCUCUUUCACUCUUCUCUCCCUCUCUCUCUCUCGGUCUCUCUCUUUUUCACGCUAUCUCUCUCACUAUUUCGCUCACUCUCUCUAACUUCUAUAUUUACCCAAAUUCCCUCUCUCCCCCUCUAA